AUGGCUCCUACCAAUUGUGAUCGUCGCGAGACGGUGAUUGACAUAGGGAGGCCAGUUCAUUUCAGCGGGGGGCUUGAGUUUUCGAACCUUACGUAUACCGUGAUAAAGAAGAAGAAGCUUGAAGGGAACUGGUUUAAACAAGAAGUAGACUUGUUGAGUAGAAUUACUGGGUACGCGCCAAAGGGGUGCAUCACUGCAGUCAUGGGUCCUAGUGGCGCAGGAAAAUCUACGUUCCUGGAUGGAUUGGCUGGGCGGAUAGCGAGCGGGAGUCUUAGGGGGAGGGUGUCCAUGGACGGGACGGAAACGAGCCCGAGCUUGAUUAAAAGGACUUCGGCAUAUAUCAUGCAGGAUGAUAGGCUUUUCCCAAUGCUUACUGUGUAUGAGACCUUGAUGUUUGCUGCUGAUUUUCGGCUGGGAGCAAUCUCAACGGCUGAUAAGAUGCAGCGUGUGGAAAAGCUGAUCGAGCAGCUUGGACUGUCAUCCUGUCGGAACACGUACAUAGGUGAUGAGGGGACCAGAGGAGUGUCCGGCGGAGAGCGUCGCAGAGUCUCCAUAGGUGUGGACAUCAUUCAUGGACCAUCAUUGCUCUUCCUGGACGAGCCCACUUCAGGUCUAGACUCCACUAGCGCCCAUAGCGUCAUCGAAAAGGUGCACCACAUUGCACGCUCAGGCAGCACCGUGAUCCUCACAAUCCACCAGCCCUCAUGGAGAAUCCAGUCGCUCCUCGACCAUCUGAUAAUCCUGGCUCGCGGGCAGCUCAUGUAUCAAGGAUCACCCAAAGAUGUCACCCGCCAUUUGUCACGGAUGGGGCGGAAAGUCCCCAAGGGAGAGAACCCAAUAGAGCACUUGAUCGAUGUAAUACAGGAGUACGAUCAGUCUGAACUCGGCGUCGAGGCGGUAGCUGACUUUGCACGUACCGGUUUGAAGCCCCCGGCAUUGGCAGGGGAGGAGCUAUCUCGAUCACUGUCAGUUUCAACUAUCGCACCAACGCCUACUCCGCCGCGUCGCAGCCGUCAUCAGGCGGAAGGGAGUCAAGACAUGGGAAAGGGCGGAAAGCCACAAACUAAUGCUCUUUUAGACGAUUAUGAUCACAGUUUGAGAAGCCCAUAUAGUUCAAGGUCAUUGGCUGGUAGCGACCGUGGAGUCAUGCAAUUACUGAGGCUUACACCUUCCCGGACAAAUCAGAAAGUGUCACUGCCAACCUCAACGAGUUUAUCGCCUGGAAAUUAUGAAUACUCGAGCGAAAUCCUACCGAGGACUCCGACACCUCAGAGCAGUGACUACACCGUCAAUGAAAACGACUAUCUCACCCCUGAUAAUGCUCCGAAGAACUCCAUGGCGCACAAACAUCUGGGCCCAAAGUUUGUUAAUUCAUUCAUCUCCGAGACAACUAUACUCAUGCGCCGAAACUUCAAGAACAUUCAUCGCACGCCUGAGCUUUUCCUCUCAAGACUUGUCGUCCUCACCACAAUGGGUUUCAUGAUGGCCACCAUGUUCAUACGCCCCAAAGACGACUUGCAAGGAAUCACGAACCGCAUCAGCUUCUUCAUCUUCACUGUCUGCCUCUUCUUCUUCUCUUCCAACGACGCCGUCCCGGCCUUCAUUCAAGAGCGUUUCAUUUUCGUCCGAGAGACUUCCCACAACGCCUACAGAGCCUCGUCUUACACCAUUGCUGGUCUCGUCACUUACCUUCCUUUUCUCGCCCUUCAGGCCGCUGUCUACGCCGCCAUUGUUUGGAAAGCCUUGGGGCUCCGCGGGCCUUUCUUAUAUUUCUUGGCUGUUCUCUACGUUUCCCUUCUUUCAACAAACUCGUUUGUGGUGUUUGUGAGCUCGGUGGUGCCGAACUAUAUCUUGGGUUAUGCGGCAGUCAUUGCCUUCACUGCCCUCUUCUUCUUGUUCUGUGGCUACUUCUUGAAUAGCCAUGACAUUCCUGUGUACUGGAAAUGGAUGAACACGAUUUCCACGAUGACAUAUCCCUAUGAAGGGCUCUUGAUGAACGAAUAUUCGACGAAUCGAACUUUUGGACACAACCCUGACGGCACGAACGUGAGCGGGUUCCAUGUUUUGGAUGGCCUUCAAAUCCAUGGCGAUGAAUCGAAGAAGUGGGAAAAAGUUCUCAUAAUGCUGGGUUGGGCUGUUCUAUAUAGGGUUUUGUUUUACGUGAUUCUACGUUUUGGGUCGAAGAACCAGAGGACGUAGAA